AUGAAUCUUGUGGGGCCGAGAAGAACAGCAAAUAUUCAGAGCGUCGAGAAGGGUGCUCUUCAUACGAAUUGGUCAGCUCAACAGCUUGAGCGGACAGGCUCCAACAUUGAAGCUCAAUAUUGGACGCUGGCAACAUUGUUGGCACUCGCCCGAACCCAAAGAGCGACGGGCUCAAAAGGAAUGUUUCGUGUACAUUUUCAAUAUAUUCAGCACAAGAGACAACGCGUUGUCUUGAUGCCGAUGGGCAAAUGA